CUUGAGCAUCUUGAUUUCACAUUUAUGAAUUAGUAAUGUUUGCCCGAGUGUUAACAAUCUUUUUUCUUCUAAAUAUUUUUUGCAAAGCUGUUAUUUCCAUUGACAGUUAUGAAGCUUAUUUCCUACCAGAUUCACUUUUCAUUCAGCAAUCAGAAUCAGACACAGUGAAGAUAGGCUUGAAUCAAUCAGUGCCAAACGAUGUGACGCUUAAGCUAAGCUACUGGGAAAGAAAUGGUGAUGUGGUUUCACCAGAAAAGCUGAAUGGCUCAGCCAUUCUUCCUAUACCUGAUUUUGUUAUAAAGAAAAAUCAAGAUGGUCCUACUCCUGUCACAAUAACUGGUAACUUACCCGGUCAUAUAUAUCUGAGAAUAAAUUCAUCUGGAAGUAUUAAUAUUGUAAACGCAAAAUCUGCAAUAUGUCGAGUGACUGUUGUGCGUUUACGGUGGUUAAACAUAUUACAAAUUGUAAUUGGCUGGCUUUAUUUUGCUGCUUGGACUGUUUCAUUCUAUCCUCAGUUAUAUAUGAAUUGGAGAAGGAAAAGUGUGGUUGGAUUUAAUUUUGAUUUUGCCAUAUUGAAUGUUAUUGGAUUCCUCUACUACAGCGUCUAUAAUAUUGGAUUGUUUUGGAUUCCAUUAAUACAGGAACAAUAUUUAAGCAGAAAUCCUUUGGGUACAAUACCAGUACUGACAAACGAUGUGGUAUUUGCAUUUCACGCCUUCAUUAUAUCCUCAUUAACAGCAUUUCAAAUCUUAAUUUAUGAUCGUGGUGACCAGCGUGUCUCUAAAUUGUGCAUAGGGUUAAUAAUUCUGAUCGCAAUAUAUACAAUCAUUGUGUGUAUAAUAGGUGGUGCAAAUGUUGUACAAUGGUUGGAUACCUUCUAUCUAUUAUCUCAUGUGAAACUAGUCAUCUCAAUUGUGAAAUAUACACCUCAGGCGUAUAUGAAUUUCCGUCGAAAAAGUACAGUUGGAUGGAGUAUAGCCAAUAUUAUGUUGGAUUUCAGUGGUGGAAUUCUGAGCAUUGCUCAAAUGAUUAUUAUUGCAUACAAUAACAAUGAUAUCAGUAGUAUAACUGGCUCACCGAUAAAACUUGGCCUAGGCAUAUUGUCAAUUGCAUUCGAUAUAUUAUUCAUGGUACAACAUUGGUGCUUAUAUCGUCAUCCACCAAAUCAAGAUUUCGAUGUGAUAACUGUUGAAGAAGAAAAAUCUGACAUAGAAGAUCCGCCGAAUAAGGAAAAACCAACCCCCUGA